UACAUCCUACGCCCCCUCAUUCAGACAUAGAAGGUCACGAACCCCACCAAAAAAAAUACAUAGGAGGUAACUAGGUUACAUAUGUAGAAUCCAGCGAUUACCUAAGCUCUGCUAUAAAUCCGGCUCCGUAAGCGGGCCACCAUCCCGAAUUCCUUACAUUUAUUACCCUGAUAAUAAUAAAAAAAAUCUCACCCGCUGCACCUAUCCUUUCGUCUUAUGCAAACCCACCUGCAGACCUCCUACCUACCUACCUACCUACCUACCUAAAAACAAUGGACCCCGCCCUCUCCCCCGGCCUCUUCGACAUCCACCUCUCCGACUCCGAGGACAACAACGACGAGCCCGCCGAGGGAAGCAGCAACUCCUCAGCAUCCCGGACGCCGGCGGACCGCACCGCGCAGUCGGAAGAAGAGUUUCGGGCCGUCAAGGCCGCGUACAGGGUGAAGGUCGAGAACGGAGAGAUCUGGAAAACCGCCCCACGCCCCAUAGCCAACGCACCAGUGCCCAAGCCCGAGGCGCAGACGCUGCUGCACGCCGUCGAGGAGCUGUAUUUCUUCCGGCGGUACGACGAGGGGGCGCGGUUCGUGGACGGGGUGCUAGGCGGAGGAGGAGGAGGAGGAGGUAGGGUUGACACCGCCGUCGCCAACGAGGAUGGUGGUCGCGAUGAUAAAGGGGCUUUGGGGCUAGACAGGUCAACGAGGGAGUUGCUGCGGUAUUAUCAGAAGAGGUGUAUCGAGAGAGGGGGGGGGAGGGGGGAGAAAAGAGGGUGGUGAUAGGAUGAAAUAAGCAUUACCAAUCUAAUUGAGCACUGGAAGAAUCACUCGUAAUAAUUAAGCACUUCAUUGCACUGAAC